AGAAACGUCAACUGUCGAAGCAGAAUCGGUGCAGAAUCACAACGUGACAGUUUUCUGCAUUUUUCGCAGAUAUUAACAAUGGCACAAUAUAAACAGCGUCAAAAUAGGUUUAGAAAUGAAAGAGGGUUUGAGCCAGAUGAGGAGCUGUCUGCUAUCCUGACAAAACUCUGGGAGCUGGAUGAGAACAAGUGCUACCCAGGGGACGACUUUAAUAUUGACCUCCAAAGGUAUGUGACAAAUGCGAGGGAAUGUGUUGAUGACUCCAGGGAUUCCAGAUACCCUCUCUUCGAGUUCCUAGAUGAAGAUAGAGUCUUUGCCAGAGAGACCUACCAAACGUUCCGAGCCUUGUUGGAUAACUACGAGAUGCAGUGUGGUGUCCAGGAGGAAGUCACAUUUGAAGAGAAGACAGAAAACCGAGCCUUCAUCAAUGCCAUCAUGGAGACAGAGGUCAUGAAGGAAUGUCACAGGUACUUGGUAGAGAAAGGAAAGGCCCCAGCGGAGGUGGACAAGUUCAAGUGUCAGCUGUACAAUCUCUGGUUCAUGCUCAUUCGGAGAACCAAGGGAGACAGGGACUUUGACUCAAGCAGCUUUGAGCACGUGUUUGUGGGUGAAUGUCGUAAUGAUGAAUUUAUUGGGUUGCACAACUGGAUCCAGAUCUACCUACAGGAGAAGGCUGGGAAAAUUGACUACCAUGGAUACUUUCGCCGGGAAACCAUCAAAGAUGAUGAGUUCCCCCGUCUGAUGGCAAUCCAGUUCACAGUGACGGGAUGUGACGGCGGAGAGAAGGAGAAGCCCAUGUGUUCCACUUUCCUGGGAACAAGUCCUGAGUUCGAGAUUGCAGCAUACACCCUGUGUUUCUUCACAAAACAGGGUGUUACUGACGUUCAACUGGGCGAGUAUGAAGUGGAGGUGGCCACCAUGCCCCUCGGGCCCAAAAACAUCGGCACAGCCUAUAUAUCAGCGGCUAGGAUGUAGGGAACCAAGUUAUAAUGGUCCAGCUUGGAAUCUCACUUUUGCUCAUAUUGUUAUACAAUAUAUCAAAUCUGUUGUUGGAAUUUAGAGUAUUAGAUACACUUUACCAGUAUGUUUCAAUGUAGAAACUUUAUUUACACUUUUACUUAUAUUCAAAACAAGUCAGAUAAUUUGUUUAAGUUGAUGCUUUUGAAGUGAUAUAAGAUUUAUUUAUGGCAAUGAGCUUUGUGAUAAUAAAUAUGUUGUAUAAUUUUUAUUCAAUUUUUAAACCAGUAGUUAUAAAUAAUAAUGUUAACAAGCUUUUCUCUUCUUGCCAGUAUAGUCCACCAUCUUGCUAAAAUUUGAUAUGUUCCGUAAUAUGGCUCAGGUUUUUGAAAUUUCGGGUAUUAGAUACACCUUGCCAGUAUGUUUUGAUGUAGGAACUUUGAUUAUACUUUUACUAAUAUUAGAAACAUGUCAAAUAUUUGGUAAUAAUGGUAGAUGCUUCUGAAGUAAUAUUUGAUUGAUUAUCGUCAGCUUUGUGAUAAUAAAUAUGCUGUAUAAUUGUAUUCGCUUUUUUAUAAUCACUAGAAAAAAAAGAUUAUGUUGACAAGCUCUUCCCUCCUUGCCAGAAUAGUCCCCAUCUUGCUAAUAUUUGAUUUGUUAUAUUAAUUUAUCUCAGGUAUUUUACUCUGUAUUAUCAUGUACUCUUUGGUAAUUUUCCAUUUGGUUCAAGGCUUUGUAAUAUUCGUGCACUUUGUAUAAACUAGUUGUAGCUAUAUGUUUUUCUCUUCUCAUCUGCCAAUUAUUGCACUCACAACCUGAUGAAUUGGUGUUAUUCUCUAUUGCAAUUUUUAUUUUACAUGUACAUAUUUUGGCACAUACUUAUGUACUUAAAAUUAAAGUUUAAUUUUUUCUGUAUUUUUUAAGUGACACUCUUAUUCAAAAUCAAUACAUACACAUGUAUAACAAACAUAAAUUUUGAGUGAUACACCUUUAACUUCUUGCUAAAUAAUGCCUUUAUGGAAAAUAUUAAAUACUGAUAAUUAAUCUCGGUAUUCUUCAUAAAAACCAUUGUUUUUGACAUUUAUUCAUCCUUUGUUGGUAUAUUAACACAAUUAUAUUAAUUGUGGUAAAUCUUAUAUGGGAGUAAGGGUGCCUUUUUAAGUGUGUUCAUUUUUCAGUAAAAUGUUUCCUGUGCAUAUUUUGGAUAAUUUCUGAGUUUUUCAAUAUCAACUCUCUGCAUGUAUUUUUUCAUGUGCUUUAUAUUUCUAUUUACAGAAGGCAAUGUUUAUGAUUAUUUAAUAAUUUUUUAUACAUUUAAAGGAAUCAGAUAUCUGUGCAAUUUAACCCAAGUAAGCACUUAAUGUUUUUGACAAUUUUUUUUGUUAUUUUACUGAUAUAUAUGUAGUUGUUUGUUCCAAAUUGAAAUUUACUCGGCAUACAUGGUUGUGUAUGCCUACCAGGUUGAAAUUUUCUUGUGCAAUGUCUUCUUAUAAUGUUGUUAAUUUUAUAUUUUUAUACUGCCCUUCCGUACAUGACCUGUUACAAUAUCUUUAUGUUAAUGAAUGAUUUAUCGCCUUUAUUAUUAAAUGGUGCUCUGAUCCGGUUGUGGUUUCAUUUUUAGUUUGUACAAUUUGUAUGCAUCUAUCUUUGAUAUUAUAUAUAUUACUAAGCAAGAAUAAUAAAUAUUCA